AUGAACGUUCGCAAAAGCUCUCGACCAAAGAGACAUGAUUCCCAAACAUUAGAGCAAUCCACCUUUCUCCUUCCCUCACCGUCAGAGGACUCUCUCAAUAGUCCAUGGGAAGUCGACUCAGAUAUUGAACAAGACAACCCUUCCGAGAUAUCCUUCCGACCAGCACAAAGACAGCUCGGUUUUCGUCGUGAAGCCGAUAAAGACGGAGAAAAUCCCCGAAGGCCUUCUGGGCCCGUUCAAAGAUCGCCGUCCCAGCAGUCUUUAGCAGAGUCAGAAGAGCCUGGUUUACUUUCAAGAGCACAUACUGCAGAGCGAGACCUCGAAAGAAAGAAGAGUAAAAAGGGUUUUAGGUUAGGAAAAUCUAAUGAUGAUAAGGUUAUAGACAAAGAAACGAAAAGAAACGAGAGGAAGGAGAAGAAGGAGAAGAAGGAGGGGAAGAAGAAAAGGCCAAAGCAACCGCUGGGACAGACCCUACGCCACAAACUAUCGUUUAACAAACUAUCGUUUAAACCCCACAAAGAUCGAACAAAGGAUAACCAUAGGCCACGAUCCAAACAUGGCUUCUCUGUUAGUACUGAACCCGUUAACGUCUACAAUGUGCCAACCGAGACGGGUUCAAGAGGUCGUGUCCGAACAAGUCAACACAUGACUGCCGAAGUGAAGUUGCAUUUUUGGAGAGAUAAAUACGAAGGGGAAGGAAGAGUUGAAAGGUUUUUGAGGUUGAUACAUAGAAAACGGUUUCGAAGGGUUUUGAAGACAGCAAUUGAUCUUCAAGCUGCCUCGCUUGGUUCGCUAAGAAGUCAUUCAAGACGAAGACGCGAUUAUGACUGA